AUGCCUUAUUCAAAUAACAUUCCAACAUUUAAGAUGCCACCACCGCAAUUCUCAUUAUCCACCAGCAGCGAUAUCAUUCAGGUGAGUCCUCAAUUACCCAUGACCAACCAACAUACAGCAUUGGAUCGUUCCCAUUCAUUCAAAAGGCUAAGAAUGUCUGACAACAACCAUUCCAAUACAGUGAUGGGCCCUCCACCAAACAGACCAACAGGCAACAUUUUCUUCAAGACCUGUAUUUGUACUAGGUUUUGCUUUGGUACCUGUAGAAAUGGUGAAAAUUGUACCUUUGCUCAUGGGGCUCAUGAGAUAAGGCAGCCACCACCAAACUGGCAGGAGCUCGUAGGUCUCCAUACCCAGGAAUGGCUGCAAUUGGGAGGGAAUUCGAAUGAUGAUCAGAAAAUCAUUCACAAGAUGAAGCUCUACAAGAGGUAUUACAAUGGUCAGGAAUGUCCUUAUGGUGAUAACUAUAACUUUCUUCAUCAGGAUCCUACUGAGUUUAGGGACGACUCUUGGAAUACAAGAGAGUCCUCUGCCAUCAGCUCUGCCAUCAGCAUUAGAACUUGUAAUCAUUUGGAAGGCAAUAGGGUUGGGACUAAGCCAGUAAGGGGAACUAAUUGGAAUACUAAGAUAUGUCUCAAGUGGAUCAAUACCGGGUGUUGUACCUCAAAAUUUGCCCUCUCUUUUCAUCAAUAUUUUCUCACCACAAGACUCUUGGCACUGUUGACCCAAAUUAGGGUUUGA